AUGGUGCGCGAAGCGGCCGAGAUGAACGCUCUGGAGGGCCAGCAGCCCCUCAGCGCUCGCGACCUGCUGGACGCGGCGGCCGCCUUCUGCGACAACCGGAGCCUCUUCCCGACCUCUCAGGCGCCGAGAGCCCCGCAGCACGGCGGCUACGGCCGGGGGGACUCGGGCGGCGGCGGCGGCCCUUACCUCUAUUCGUACUCGGCGCUGAUCGCCAUGGCCAUCCAGAGCGCGCCGGCCAAGAGGCUCACCCUGAGCCAGAUCUAUCAGUACGUGGCGGGCAACUUCCCCUUCUACAAGAAGAGCAAGGCCGGCUGGCAGAACUCCAUCCGCCACAACCUCUCCCUCAACGACUGCUUCAAGAAGGUGCCGAGGCUCGAGGACGACCCAGGUAAAGGGAAUUACUGGACCCUGGAUCCAAACUGUGAGAAGAUGUUUGAUAACGGCAACUUCAGAAGGAAGAGGAAAAGACGAUCUGAUGCAGCUAGUGGGCCUGGAGCCCAUAACAAAAUGGAGGGCAAAAGCAGCAGUCGCCUUGUUCAGGAAGCCACCAAACCUCACAGCUUGGGCUCUGGUGAGCUGCAGUGCUCUCCAAGAUCUAGGAAUGACUGCAAAUCCCCCAGCCUGGACUCUAGCCAUUGUUUCUCCACAUUUGUCUCGACCAUGAACAUUGUGGCCCAUGGCCGGAAUGGUGUCCCUAGACAGCUUUCUGGUGGGCCAGUAUCUGAAUUCACACCUGGGAGACAGAAUGAGCCCAAUUUGAACUCCUGCUCUCCUUCUAAUGGCAACCCAGCUUCAGCAUUUGAACUCAGUUCUCAGUCCCACUCCAGGAUGAAUUACUAUGCAGGUGCUGGUGGGCAGUCGAGCUGGCUCAACAGUCCUGUCCUGAGCACAUUUAGUGUGAACAAUCUGAUUUAUAGCAGAGAAGGGACAGAAGUUUAAAGUGAUGCUGAAAAGCUAGUGUUCCACAUUAGCCCUGCAAGCAACUUUUGUUGAGUGCCUAGUCAUGUUGCCUUAUAUAGGUGGCUUUC